GACGAGCCUGGGGGUGAGCAGGCGGGCUGUCUUCACAGGGAACUCUCCUGUAGGAGGUGAUACUAAACCCUCCUUCUUUUCCGACCUGAAACAGAAGCCGGAGUCCGGAGCAGGAUGUAUUGAUCUGUUUGUUUGUAGUGCGUCUCCGGCAGAUCCUCCAUGCGUCAGCCCCGGGAAUGGAUCAGGAAUCCGGUGCGGCGUCUGCGGGGAGUUUCAUCUCCCUGAAUGAGCAUGAGCAGAGGUAUUACUCAGGUCUCCACGGUCUGUGCCAGGCUGACACUUCAGGAAAACUGUCGUCCAGUAAAGUGGCAGAGCUGUUCAAGGCGUCUCAGCUACCUCCCGAAUCUCUGCAUAAAGUGACCGAGGUGUGUGGAGCAAAGCGUCUGGGUUACUUUGGUACAUCUCAGUUCUACGUGGCUCUGAAGCUGCUCGCAGCUGCCCAGUCUGGUCUACCCAUCCGCCUGGAGAGCGUAACCGCCAAUCUACCUCUACCUAGAUUUGUUGGUUUGAAGAAUGAACCAGAGAUGCGAUACUCGACUGUCCCUUCCUGCAUAGACGCUCAGGGCGCACAGUGUGGCUCUGCACCCGGAUCUCUUAUCUGGACUCCAGCAGACAGGAACACCUUCAGACAUCUGGAGGCCAGCACAGACAAGAAGGAACCUUGGUCGCCACCACGAUCCCCGUGUAGCUCACCCCCUCGCUCGCCAUUGACAUAUCGCAGUUACCCAUACGCCAAGCAGAGAAAUGGAGUUGACCCGCAAAUCGCCUAUGAAAGCAAACAUUCCUCGCGGCCGAUCGUUCAGCUGGAGCAGCACUCCUCACCAAGCAAAUACGGAACCAAACCCACUGUGGAGCAUCCAGCUAUGGCUCAGGCUUCCUCAGUAGAAAGGCUCGAGCAGCAGGGUGUUUCAGAUUAUACUGAGGAUGACCCCUGGAGGAUCACAGAAGAACAGCUGGAGUAUUACACUAAUCAAUUCAAGAGCCUGCAGCCUGACCUGGGGGCUCUCAUCCUGGGAGCUGUAGCAAAAAAUUUCUUCACAAAAUCCAAGCUCCCAAUUCCAGAGCUGUCCCACAUUUGGGAGCUGAGUGAUGUGGAUAGAGAUGGGGCUCUCACGUUUUCUGAGUUUUGCACAGCAUUCCACUUGAUUGUGGCCCGAAAGAAUGGUUACCCUCUGCCAGAGACGCUGCCUCCCAGCCUGCGGCCGGGGUUCAUGCAGCAUGAAGAGGACAUACCGGACACUCAUGAAAGUGCAGGGCCUUUAAUUGUCUUUGAGGAUCCUGGACGGAGGCCGAAUCAGAUGGUAAAACAAAGCGAUCCAAGCAUUAUGCAGAGACUCCAGCCAAGCUUGAUCUCAACAAAACAAGACUUGAAAGAAGAAUCCAGUAAACAAGAUGUGAAGAUGCUCGCGACAUCUCAAGACAAAGAAACUCUUCAGCUCGGUGCUUUUCCUGAGCGGCCAGAACCGCCUCAAGAUCUGGAUCCACAGAUGAAGACAAAAACUAGACCAAGGUCCUACUCCAGCACUUCAAUCGAAGACGCUAUGAAGAAGGCCGAGGAGCCACCCACCCCUCCCCCUCGACCCCAGAAGACCCACUCCAGGGCCUCAUCGCUGGACCUCAAUAAGCUCUUCCAGCAGGGCGCUCCAGGAGUAAAAAGUGGAUGGUUGCUGCCUCCUCCAGCCCUCCCUCCUAGACCGACAGCUUCGCAGGUUUCUCAUUUUAUCGGCACUUCGGAGAAAACUGUCCAGAGUAAAGUGCAGCAGCCAAACUUUGCUGACUUCAGUCACUUCAGAGAAGAGGAGGAGAGCAGUGUGAAACCUGAAGAUCAGGGGCCACACUCCAGAUUUGGGCUCAGCACUGAGGACAUGACGAAUCCUUCACAACAGGACAUGACUGCCGCCUCUCACAAUCAACCUCCACAGAAGCCAGUUCGCAGGAAAUAUCUCCCAGAGAGCCAAAACCUGGAGACUGUACCUCCGCCAGCGGUGCCAUUUCCUCCUCCUGCUAAAACUCCUCAAAAACUGCUGCCCAGACAGAAGAGGGAGAUCCAGCAGGCUAUCCGUAAGAACAGGGAAACCAAUGCUGUGCUGACACGCCUUAAUAGCGAACUCCAGCAGCAACUUAAGGUGGUUCAUAAGGAGAGGGUCACCUUGGAGUCCCAGCUGGAGCUCCUGCGGCCUCUGGCUUCGACAUGACUGAGCCUGAAGUCUGAUCGGAGUCACCUUCCCGUUCUGUCACAGGGGCGUGCAUCGGUUUCUCUAUUAAACACAAAUGUUUAAGCCAAGACACAAGUGGUUGUUGUCUGACGAUGGAAGCAAAGUGCAUUUUUGACUCAACGGACAGGAAUGCUACUUUUCUUGAAUUAUCAGCUCCAGCUCGAGUCCAUGUGUUUGUUUGCAUUAUUGUUAAAGAUGCUCUGCAGGACUAAACCAUGUGUUUUUAAUCACUGUAUAAUAUGCACAUGUACAAUGUUUUCUUUAUGACUUUCUAACUUAUUUGUGUUGUGGUUCACUGUUAGGUUCUCUCAUAAAUCUUGUAUGGUUUACAGGACGUGUUUGCACAUCUAUCCAUGAUUAUGAAAAAUCGUAUUUUCUGUCCAGCCCAUCUUCUCAGAUUUCAUGUUUUUCUACACACCACAUUUCAUCUAUAUCCACACACACACACACACACACACACAAUAAAACAAGCGAUGGUGCUACAGAUUGCUUUCUCGUUCUCGUUCUGACGAGGAAAAAAAAAUAAAAGUGCACAUUUCAAAGGAUGGCAAAAAAUAAAACAUUAGAUGUGGAAUGAAUCUGAUUUAACAAAAACCUUUUGAGCGUCCACAAAAAAUGUGUGUUUUGAGGACUGUAUCCGUAGCACAUGUGACGAAUGUCGACACUGGAUUUGUAUGUAAUAUGAGCAUUUUCAUGUAAAGUUGCUACAUGUUUGAUGUAAGUGUUGCCUGACAUCUUUAUGUUUGUUAUCAUGCAGAGUUGGGCUUGAUGAUUAUCUGUUUAAAAAAAAAAAAGAUUUCACAAUGUCAACAGUUAUUCUUCACAAUAAUUGCGAUUUCAUAAAUUGCCUAAAUCUACAUCUGCUGCGAGUUUUUUCUAAACAGCCAAUCUGCUGUUAUAACGAUUUUUAUAAUAUUAUAGGCUAAAAAAAAGCAAAACCCAAAUCAGUAUUAACGGCUAAAAAAUGAAAUAAUAAGCACAAUAAUCAUCUAAUAGUCAUGAUAGAUUUGAAGACUGGCUGAAAAAGCAGGCAUGGUCAUGUGUUUAUUGCUUUUUUUCACACUACUGUUGGAUCAUGAUUGUGAUAAUGAGAUGGCAAGCCUGAAACUGCAUGAUUGUGUUAAACUUAUGUGAGAAUGUAAAUGAAUCUGAAACUGUGCACGACUGAGCUCUGGUCUUUAAGACAACAAUGGAACGAAUCAAUAAAGUCUAUUUUUGUUGCUUGAAA